AUGGCUGCCGACGAAGUACCUCUGCUCAACCUCUUUGAUUCCUUCUGGUUUCAACACGCAGUUUUCAGCUCCAAACCGCAUGCAGCAGCAGAAGGCAACCCAAGUCUCCAGCUGGACCAAGAAGAUCAGAUAUCGAUACUCCAAGAACCAAACCCUUCAGGGUUACCAACCCUAAUCGUCAGGUCACUAAGUGACCAAAUCCUCGAUAUCAAUCAAAGCCUUUUCUCCGACUCGAGCGUCUCUCCGCACUCGGUUCUCCCAACUCGGUCACCAAAGCUUCAGGCAAUCCCUUCCGGCAAAGAAGUCCUUACAGACUUCUCCAGAGAGAGUGUCCCUGUGAAACAAGAACUCGAGGUUGGCUCAGCUCCAUUGAAGAAAAGGGUGUUGCACAGUGAAAGAGCAAAAAGAAGGAAGAGUUCAGGUAGCAGCAAGAGCUUGUCAGACCUGGAGUUCGACGAGCUGAAAGGGUUCAUGGAUCUGGGGUUUGUGUUCACGGAGGAAGACAACAAGGACUCCAAUCUUGUUGCAAUAAUUCCCGGCUUGCAAAGACAUGGAGUCAGUGAGGAAGUUGGGAAAGAAGAUAGAGAUGAAGAGAAGAGUAUAUCUGAUGGAAGUCAUCAUCAUUCACACGUUGUUUCGAGGCCUUACCUGUCUGAAGCUUGGGAAGCUUUGGAAUAUCAAAGAAAAGAGAACCAAUUGAUCAACUGGAGAGUUCCAUCUGCUUUAGAUAAAGACAUGAAGCAUCAUCUUAAGUUCUGGGCUCAUACAGUUGCAUCAACAGUAAGAUAG